AUGGGUUCACAGUUCCCCGCGGGCGAUUUCCCCAUCCGGGUUUCGCAAAUUCACGAACCCAAGUUGCCCCCGGACGAUCUCCACAGAUAUUGGAGAAGCCAUGAAGAGGAGGGUUACCUCGAGCGGUAUUGGCCGGGCGAUCAUGACGACGCCGCUUGGAUCAGAAACAUCCGCAAGGUCCUCAGCCACCAGUUCCCAGAGUUUGCCGACGCUGAAAUCGAGUACUUCGCAAAGGGUACUUUCAACCGUCUCUACAGUCUCAGCCACCCGAAAUGGGAGAAGCGCUACAUCUUCCGCGUCUCAAUCCCCGUUGAACCCUUCUACAAGACCGAGAGCGAGAUCGCCACCAUGGAGUACAUCCGCUGCCACACUACCAUGCCCGUCCCCCAAGUGAUCGCCUUCUCCUCGAGCGACGACAACGAACUCGGUUACGAAUGGAUCUUGAUGGAGAGAAUGCCCGGUGAGCCGCUGCGUACACUGUGGAGCUCCAUGCCUGACGAAGCGCGUGUCAAGGUGUUCGCUGAGUUGGCGGCACACGUAAAGCAGCUGGUUUCUCUGCGAUUCAGCAAGUUUGGUAACCUGUACUUCUCUGAUGUCGCUAAACACGUCCUUCCAUCCGAUACAUCGAUUCCAUCCAAACUUCCCAUUGACGACAAAGCUGUUGACAAGGACAUUGGCCACGAUGGUCGUUUCGUUCUCGGUCGUCUCGUCUCCCAAGAAUUCUUCUUUGACAAGCGCGUGUACUACCCGGGCUCACGAGGGCCAUUCGAAACUACCCGAGAAUGGGUUGACAUGCGUGUAGCCCUCCUUGAAAAACGGCUACAAGAGCUCUCUCCUAUCGAAGGACAAGCCUGGUAUUGCGAGAAUGAUCGGGAAUUGGACCGCAACAAGGACCGCGUUUACAAGCUCUUUGACGAGUUCAAGGCAUUGAUCCCCCAUCUUGUCCCGCACGACAAUGGUCCGGAAGACAUUGGAAUCCUAUUUCAUGAUGAUCUCUCCGAGCACAACCUCCUUCUCGAUCCGGUCACUUUCAAGCUCACUGCCGUCGUCGACUGGGAGUCGGUCAGCAUACUCCCCGCAUACGAGGCCUACGACGCACGCCCGGCCUGGCUAUCCGACCGUGAUUGGCGUCCGACGCCCCUUGUCCACCUUGCCCGUGGGAUCCCGCCUAACGACGAAUUCAUCACAGCCGACAAGCUCCGCCGGGUGGGAGAAAUGGGUCCUUCUCGCCAGAAGUACCACAGCAUUGUCGGCCCUCUUUUUGAUGCCAGCUCGCCCAAGACCCAAAUGAGGGUCAAGAACAAGCAAGGAGUAUCAAAGCAGCUAGAGGUUGCCACUUUCCAGCAUCGCCCUUGGUGGACCGCAGCCUGGAUGGCUGAGAACAAAUUCAUUGCCGACCCUGUACUUAGCGAUGUCACGAAAGUUUUGAACCACGAUCCGAUCUCCAAGGACCAUGUAUACAACUCUCUCGACAACAAGCCCAGCACCAACGGGGUCGACAUGUCGAACACCGCCAUCGACGCACGGUCUUAG